CCUGUUAUUUUCAUUCUAUGAAGCAGACAAAUAAAAAAAAACGGACCUUUCUGUUGGAUGGACAAGUGCUUUUCUGCCAUCGAAAGUCCAUUUCCAAUGUAAAUGCGAUGUAUUUUUGGGCCGCGAGGGUUUAAAUAAUAACGUUUAUAUACUGGACUCUAUACGUGAUGACGUAUGAGGACGAGUCACGCCGUUACGUCUGGUGUCAUUUCUUCCAACUCAGCCGCCGCUGUGUGGCCGGCCCAGCAACUUCCGGCUCCUCCGUGAAUCCGUUAUUCGCGGAUGAUUCUCAUUCUCCAGUAAAGCCAACAUCCCGCUGCCUGUGGCCGGUGGACGGAGCCGCGGUCCCCAUGGCGGAAUAAAGGUUCGGUCCCGGAGGUCGCUGCUGUAGCAGCAGCUGUGGUGAUGGUGUUGGACUCGUGUGACGUCGUCAUGGAUCGGGUCGAGGGUCAGUGCGUCAGGAGCGAUGAGCAGGUGAUGGAACCGGAAGUUCAAACGGGUCCAGUGAAACCCACCGUCCACGCUGGUCCGACGACCAAAGUCCUUCCCAAGGUAAGCAGUGCCACAAAGAAGGACAAGGUGUCCCACAACGGACUCCCAGCCCAGACCAAAGAGCGCCCCCUAGAGAAGAGGUCGUCAUCCACGAAGGGUGGGGCCAAAUCUUGUGUCCCCCUUUCCCGACCACUUAGCCUGGAGAUGACGCCCCAGCGCCUGCGAGGGUCGCGUGAGCAGAUGGCAGACAGGUGUCCUCCGUGGCGCAGUGGUCCCGCUGCCCCCUCGCCCCCCGCUCGCAGCCUGACGAGCCCCAGCCUGGGCGCAGGCGGCUGGAUGCGCCGUAGUGAGAGCACGUGUUCGGUUAACUGCUCCUUGGGCCCUCGAGCAAAGAGGGGGCAGAUGAGAUCUGCCACCUCACUGCCGCAUAUCGUGAAAGGUACGGGGGGCAGCACGCAGCCUACGGCCCCCCGCUCCUGCCUGCUUGUUGCCCUCAGACCACUCAACCUGGAGCAGGAGAAGCAGACAUUCUUCCAGUCAGACUUCAAGUAUGAACCUCAGUUUGAGUACACCCAGCCUGAGCCCAGGAGCGUGCUGGACAAGUACUGCGAGGGCUCAGGCCUCUUCCUGGAACAGGCGGUGGGCAUCAUGGAAUGUGUUCUAAGGAAAUUUGGCUCCUAUGAGAAGUUCGAGGAGGUGACCGCUGGAAACGUGCUCUCAAAAAGUCAGAUCUGGGCUUCAGUACGCAAAUACUUACAGAAAGAAGGCUGCGUGGGUGAGGUCGUGGUGCGUCUCUCAGAUGAGCUGCUGUCUCAGGCAGUGAUGGUGGUGGAGAGCUGUCGUCCCACUCUCACCAUCAACCUGGCUGGAGCUCGGCAGCACUGGCUGGAGGGAAUGAUGAGACAUGAGAUUGGUACACAUUACCUCCGUGGUGUCAACAACAGCCGGCAGCCCUGGGCCACUGCAGAGGGCAGGAGGAAGUUUGGGCUCAAACCAGCCAACCCAACAGAGGAGGGCCUGGCCAGCCUGCACAGCGUGCUGCUCAGGAAGCAGCCGUACCUGUGGCGGGCCGCGCUCCUCUACUACACGGUGCACCACGCCGCCAGCAUGAGCUUCAGCCAGCUCUUCAGCCACAUUGCACGCUUCGUCCAAAACCCCGACGUCCGCUGGGAGUACUGCCUGAGAGCCAAGAGAGGACAGACGGACACGUCACAGCCGGGCUGUUUCAGCAAAGAUCAGGUUUACCUGGACGGAAUCCUGCAGCUUCUUCGCUAUCGACGAUCCAUCGACUUCAAGAUGUUGACCUCCUUGGGAAAGGUUUCCUACAGGGACGUAGAGAGGCUGCGCCCCCUGGCGACUCUUUGCAGACCCAGAAUCCCACACUUCAUGAAAGACCAGGAGCGGUACCUGCAACACCUGGAUUACAUCGUCGCCUCGAACGAGCUGAACGAAUCGACACUCGAACGUCUUCUGCCAUAACGACCCAAAAAAUAAGCCAACGUCGUAGUGACGCAUUUGAAAAAAAAAAACUACGUCGAGUAUUUCUGGGCUUCUGUCCGAACAAUUAAAAAAAAAAGUUAACGUUGAAGGAAACAAACAAAAGGGACGUAAACACAAACACCUCCGAGCUCCUGCUCCACGGUCGUCCACAGCAUGUACCACCGGAGCUGCCGCCACAACGUUACCUCAACCCUGCAGCGAAAACACGGAACCAACGCAGUUCUUAAAAGUAUUGUGUAUUUACUGUACAUAUUUAAAUAUCAUAAUCGACACUAUUUAUUAUUUUGAUUCCAGACUGAAGACCUGUGGGGGGUUUUUUUUAAAAGCUUUUAUGCCGUUUUUAUGCCUUAAUUAUUUAUUUUGUGUUGCAUUUUUAUCAAAGGGGAAAAAAAAGGACACACUAUGUUCAGUCAAACAGGAAGUGGGGAAAAAGAAAACUGAGGCCGGAACCUGUAAAAAUAUCCAGUAACUUCCACUGGACUCAGAUCCAACUCGGACCUUUUAUUACCUGCUCAGUCCUUGGUGUCAUCUGUUACCGUGACAACCGUGCCACUCUUUUUAAACUAUGACUUUAGUCGAGCAGCCAACGUCAGCACAUUCACAGCUGUUGCUUUAAAACAUUAUUUAAAACAAUAUUAUUGCUACAAAAAUACUGUUACUUAUGACAAGAGAAAAACAAAUGACAAAUAUGUUCAAUAUUCCCCACAGUGGCACAUAAAGCUGUGCGCCACCAAAGGGGCCUUGCCCACCAUAUUGGGAACCAGAGGUAAAAACCUAAAAACGUGUUAAAAGUCUAGACUUCGAUGUUUGCACUUUUUGAUUUGUUUUAGCAAAGGCUUAGAAAAUGUGGACUGGGAUUGACUUAUUGAAAAGGUGAUUUACAGCAUGUAUAUAUGUACAUCUAUACAUGUGUAUACAUACGUGUACAUAUAUACACACCCAUAUAUGUACAUAUAUAUUUGUUCAUAUAUAUGUACAUAUAUAUAUAUAAUUAUAAUUGAUGAACUUAGAAAUUUAAAUUCAAAUAUUGUUGGAGUGUUCAGGGAAACUAGCCCCUCCAAACACGUGAAUUUUCUACGUCAUGUGGAACUGUACCUUUAGCCUGGAGCUGAAGCAAAUGAUCUGCGAUUAGUAAUGACUUACAGUUCGUUUGCAUCCAGAGAUCCGUCCACUGGUCGGUCAACAGGCCUGUGGUCGCUGUGCCUUCUUCACCGAUCAGCCGUUUUUGCUUUAUACAAUGUUUGACUUUUCACAUGCAACUGUGAGUCUCUGUCUGCAACAGAACUAAAGACCAGGACCCAGAGCAAACGUUUCAGCCCCGCCCUGAGUGCAAAGUAUGAACUCCAGUCUGAGAGUUUACAAAAAUCCAGAGUUAAUGAUCAGGUCCACUUUGAAUCUCUUCUCCUCUGAAGUUACUUCCAUUGAUAAGGAAGGUGUGAAAUUGUUCUAAACACUGAACUAUUCACUGAACUUCAUUGAUGAAAUCGUUGUUUUGUCUUUCACAUCAGCGCACAAGUGUAAAUGUAGCAGCUCGUCAGUGUUUUCUGUUCUGCAGACCACGUUGAACUUUCACUUUAUUAAAACUGCACAAAGUGUUAAAAAAAAAA